AUGUCGCAAACCCCUCACACCUAUCCCCCUCAAGCCCCCGAUCCAAUUGCGGCUCACGUAGAACGGACUGUCCAAGCAGAAAUUGUGAAGAUACAACAACAGUAUGCACAGCUGCGAGAAGCCGAACAACAGGAGAAAGCCCAGCGCGAAGCAGCUUUCCGAGAAGAGCUGGCCCAGCGCGAAUUAGCUUUCAAUGCAGAGCGGGAGCGGAUAGCAGCUGAGCAAGCUCGACAGUACGAAGCCAUGCGUGCGGAGGCUGCGCGUGUCACUGCUGCAUAUCAGGCUGAAAUAGACAACUUGCGGAGUCAGCUCGCGGCGACGGAGAUACAUGAGGAUGAGGACGCUCUGAGACGGCUGGCCCAACUCGUCGUCCGAGGUUUUACCGGAAUUAUGUAA